AUGAAAAAACUAAAAGCUGCAAAAGGCUCAAUUAAGACCAAGGAAGAAGUUGUUUUAGAAGAAAAAAUUCAUUUAUGUCAACCUGAUACAGCACAUUCUUUAGUAAAAAAACAAACAUUUGUAGCAAAAAUGAGAGCGAAAGAAGAAAAUGUUCCACUUUCUCAAAUUUACAAUGAAGAAGUUGGAAAACUAUACAAUCAAGGCUUUGACAUAUUAACCAAUAUUCCGCAGUUUUCAAGUGUUAAAACAGCUCUAUACAAAUCUAGGCAAAGUGCCGAAGGAUACGAUCGAGAAGCUACAUGUAUGGAAGAUUUAGAAAUUCCUAAUGAAUUAUUAGCAAUGGAUGAUAACUUUAGUUUCUUUUUGUUCGAUGAAAGAUGUCUGAGCCCACGGUCUAGGUAUUUUUACGAGCCUUGCCCGUUCCCUGCUGUAGAUUCGAAUAAUUCUAAUGCAGAGCCAACGACGGAGCAAAACAAAAAAAAGGGCCCUCUAUGCCGUCUUUUUCGCAGCCUAGGCCCUAAAAAAGACAGAGAAAAAGUUUCGCCUCGUCACAAAUGUGCCAAACCACAGCACGAGCAUCAAUUAAAUGUCAAGUACCUAGCGGAAGGUUCUCGGCUUCAAAUCGGCGACAUUGGAGGUCCUGGUUCCGAAGACGAUCAAGUGAGAUUACUUCUUCAACUAGUAAGGGAUGGUUUUCUUUCAAUGGAGGAUGCCAUGGAUAGGAUACAACCGAAAGAAGUAGAAAAAAUUAAUGAUAUUACUGUCCUGGAAAAAAUAGAGGACUGUCCCAAUCGUCUGGAACCUUGACAUCACGAAGGAAUUGUGGCAAUAUGGAACGUACUGAAACCUUCCCGUCAUGCCCCAAUGCUCAGCCGACGAAAUCACACACAAUUAAACAAUAACCGUGGGUUUUUGUGACAAUCGGAAACGAGAUUCAAGAUACAAGAACGUUCGAUGCUUCUGCGAGACACAUCACUCUUUCAGAAAUGCUAGGGAAAACCAAUUUGGUAUGAUGGCCCAGACUAUGAGUUCCUUAGUUUAUAGUAUAUCGAACUAAAAUGCAUUAUUAUAGGACACUGUCACCUUAACAUAAGGAAAAAUAAAUUUAUUAUGAGGUUACCUUCGAACAUUUGUUUAGUAUUGAUUCACACUUUACUGUUAUUGUUUCUGGUUGGUUGUAAUUUGGAAAUAAUUUUAACAGUAAGAUUUUUUAAAAAAAUAAUACAGUUUCAAAACAAUUAAUUGCAUGGGCUACUGUAAAAAAGAACUCUUAUCUCAUGCCUAAAUUAUGGAGCUGAAAGUAGAUCAGACAAAAAGAACACCAAAUUUUGUAAUGCUCUUCUGAUUAAAAUUUAGUUGCAAGAUUCUCCGUGAGACAAUUUUGAAUUAUCUCUUUAAUGCAUAAUUUAAACAAGUAUAAGUUAUAUACACACGGUUAAAAAAAAUCCACGCACCAUAGUUACUGAUCAUUAGUCAUAGACUCUUGUUUCUCGCUUAAGGAAUGAGUCAAGUAAGGCAAGCUUUCAUUCUGUGGCAAUUUUUUUUUUAUCAUGUGAUAGCUUUAAGUAAAUAAAUAAAGAAAUUAAAUUUUGAAGAAUCAUUGAGAAAUAAAUCAUUUAGGGGAAUACAUUGCGAUAAGGUUCAGAUUAUAGUUUGACACUUCGAAGAAUUCGUCGUUAAAGUUUCAGACAUUGAAAAAUAUUGAAAAAUAUAAAAAUCAUUACAUUAAAGAGAAAACGCAGUUUGAUCUUUGUAUACAGAUUUCAGUUUAACAUCUGAAACAAUUUAAAACUAAGUGGUUGCUGUAGUUAAAGAAUCAGUUUCCUAUCAGUUAAAGAAGCAGAAUAUAAAAUCUUAUAUUGAACACAUGUUCAUUACAACGCAAAAUUACAUUUUUAAAGCGUGUAUGCAUUUUAAAUGUUUUUUUUUACCUAUUUUACUAUUUAAAAAACAUCGUAAGACCAAAAAAUAUUGUAGAACAUUUAAAUUAACAAACAAAGAUUUCUAAACAUGAUUGAUAAUAAAUGUAUUACAAUUUUGAAAUUUUUACAAAAGCAGAAAACUUGUUCUUACCAAACAUUCAUAUAUUACAUAGUGGUGUAAUGUUAAGUUCACAAACUCCCUCAGUUCCUUUGCUCAAUCCGUGUUGCCAAAAUCAGAAUGUAAAAAUGCCCAUCGGUCAAUUUGACCGAUGUGUACUUAUAGGUUUUAAAAUGAACCGUUUAAAAUAGCAAAGUCUAACGGUAGGCAAACGUUUUGCUGUAUUAUUACUUAGCGUAAAUUAAUGCCACACGGACACUCCUUCUCUUAUUUAAUAAAGAAAUUCCCUUAAUUAUUCAAGACAUAGUUGUAACUUUAUUUUACGUUUUCGUUACCUAAUAAGAUUGCAACAUAGGUCGGGACUUUUAUAUUUACAGGACCACAAAUGUUAGUACUUUUAUUUUUACAGGACAUAAUAUCCGCUUACUGAAAACAACAAACAUUAAAGUGUUUUUCCUAACCAGUUAAUCAACCCGCUGAGGGGUUAUUUUCUUAUAAGAAAAAUUUCCAAAGAUAUCAUUAAUUAAAAAUAUUAAGUGUUAUACAAAUAUGGCUAAAAUAGCUAACUAUACGGUUCAAAUUUCGAGUAAAAUUUCUAAAAGUUGGCUUUUACGUGAGACAGACAUUACAACAGAAACAUGAUGUUCCUGUAUCAAGAAAUAUUUAGUUUAGAUAUGUUUUACACAAACUUUAAAAUUAUUACAAAAUUCCUCCUCUUAAAUAUUUAGCAAUUAAAAAAGCAUCUUACUUUCUGUUCAGAUUUUAAAAAAAUUCGUAUAUUUUUGUUUAAAAAUUUAAAAAGUUUAACUAAUUAAAAAUGUUUUGUAUAUUUUUGCUAAAACGUGUUACGUAACUUAAUCUGUCGAAGCCUGAAAAUUUGCCUUAUUUCUGAUUCAUUUCUUAAGUUAGAACAAAGUGUCAACUGUCAAUUGUCAAAAAAAUAUUCUCGGGUAAUGUAUUACAAGCAUUCUAUAUGUGUGUAAGUGUUGUUAAGAAGAUAGGUUGUAUAUUGAGAUAUAUUAAUUGAAAUCCUUUUUCUAAUGAUAUAAAAAAACUCAUUCGUUUGAUCAUGUAUAUGAUUUAUGUGGUUAUAUCAUGAUGCAAGGGUUCAGGGGAACAUUUAGAAACUAUAUUUAGAAAGAUGUAAAACUCAAAAGUUGUUCACGAAUUCGAAAUUCCUCUUUUUCGCCACCAGACGAAAUAAGAAAAUACUACUAUUCUAAUUUUAAUGCCAUAUUUCAAAGAUACUUUCUUACAUUCACUGUUUUCUAAUAAAACAGCAGCUAAACAUUAUCGUGUUAUAAUACAAAAAUGGUAACAAAUCGCGACAGACAUCUGUUUCUAACCGAAAUUUAACCAUAACAUUCUAAAAUAUUUGUAUUUAAAACUAAGAAGUAUCCAGACCUAGAUGAAACUAAUUUCAGAAAAAAUAAUUUUUGUAUAUAUAACAUUCGUUAAAUAUUAUUUGUUUGAUACUGAUAACAGUGUUAAUCUAUAGUAAAUAAAUCCAUAUAUUUUGUGAAUUAAUAUUCCAAAUUUUAUAAUAAUAAUAAGAUAUUAUGUUUUAAAAUAAAUUUUAGAGCGAAAUGUACUACAAUAUGAAUGUACUGCACACCUUGCAUUAAUAAUUUACACGAAACAUUUUACUUUACUAUAGAAAUCAGUGUCUCUGAAGUAGUACCACACCUAUCUUUAAAUUAGUUAUGUUCUCUAAUUAUCAGUUAACUUUAUUUUAAUUAUUUACAGCAAUUAAUAGUUUCCAGAUUAAUUUUAUAAAAAUGUGGUUUAAGGAAUCUUUGCUUUAGUCUCUACUUAAAGAUACUUCAAUGCCUACUUCUAUUUUAAUUCUAGAUACUUCAGUACAUUUAACUGGUGUAUCGUCAUUUUCUCAACACAAAAUAACAAGAUGACCUCAAGUUAAACUUAACUGAUAGUUAUACUGCUUCACGAAUAAAAUUAAUUACAUAUGUACAUACCUUUACACUGUUUUAUUGUAGAAAAAGAUUUCGAAUUCGAAUUUAUUCGUAAUUUGAAUCCUAAACCGCAUUUAAAAAAUAAUUUAUUUUGCGAAAAAUUAAUUUUACAUAUAUGUUUUUAAAAAUUUGUAAUGAUAAACACAUUUUUAAAAUAGUACCAUUUUACAUGAUUAUUUUAAGAAAAGACAUAGAUAUUUUUGAGCGUUUUCUGCAGGAAUUAGAUUAUUGCAAUAGAUAUAAUUUAAGCAGUGCUUCUUGGAUAUUAUCAAAAGACUUCUACUUUUUUUUACUUUUACACUGCUAAGGAGGACUACUGACCGGGAACAAGCCCUUGCAGUAUGAUGCCCGCCCUGCAGACAUUUAUUAAGUCUAAAUUUAAAAAAAAAAAAAAAAAAAAAAA